UUCCCCCCUUCAAACGAAAACCCUAGCUCUCGCAUUUCGGCAUCGAAUCGACGGAGCUAGAGAGAGAGAGAGAGAGAAGCAGCAGCAGAAGGCGAUCGAGCUUUGCCCCCAAAUCGUCGCCGCCCAUCACCGCCGUCAGCGUUGCACCGCCGACCGCGAGGAUGAACCCGGGCGACCCGAGAUACUCGGACCCUACCUCUUUCCGUCACCGCAGGAGCGAUUUCGCGCCGCCGAGGGCACCGGUGGUCAACGCAGCCCCGAGCUAUGGCGGCGGCGGCCAGGGUCCGUAUGAAGGUCCGCCGCCGCCGGGCAUGGGAGGCCCCGUGUACCCGCCUUUUCAGUCUCCGUCCGGAGGGUUCGAGAUCGGCCGUGGCGGAGGGAUGGGUAACGGGCACAUGGGUGGCCAGAGAGGUCGAUCGGCCCAUGGAGGAGGAGGUGGCCGAGGCGGAGGCCAUGGAGGCCAUGGUGGGAACAGGAGUUUCGGUGCUGGCCGCGGCGGUGGGAGAGGUGGAAGGCAGGGCGGCUGGUCGUCGCAGAGGGAAUUUGACAGGUUUGAUUUUCCGAAACCGAAUUUUGACCAACUGGUGCCGUUUGAGAAGAAUUUGUAUGUGGAGAGUCCUUUCGUGGCUGCAAUGUCUGAGCAUGAAGUCAUGACGUACCGUGCAAGAAGGGAUAUCACUGUCCAGGGGGACGAUGUUCCCAAGCCUAUUCGGACGUUCGAAGAGGCUAGUUUUCCUGGCUACUGCCUCAAUGUGAUUGCGAAUUUGGGGUUUGUCGAGCCAACGCCUAUCCAAUCUCAGGGAUGGCCAAUGGCUUUAAAGGGUAGAGAUUUAAUCGGUAUCGCUGAGACAGGGUCUGGCAAGACUCUGGCUUAUCUGCUACCAGCUUUGGUGCAUGUCAGUGCACAGCCACCCUUAGCUAGAGGGGACGGUCCUGUUGUGCUGGUGCUUGCACCUACUAGAGAAUUGGCAGUGCAGAUUCAACAGGAAGCUUCGAAAUUUGGCUCAAUUGGACCAAAAGCAAAGAUCAGUAUCAGGAGUACAUGCAUUUAUGGUGGCGCCCCCAAGGGACCACAAAUCCAUGAUCUUAACAAGGGUGUUGAGAUCGUCAUUGCUACACCUGGUCGUCUCUUAGAUAUGUUGGAAGCAUAUAAGACGAACCUACGGAGAGUGACUUAUCUUGUGUUGGAUGAAGCGGAUCGAAUGCUAGACAUGGGAUUUGAACCUCAGAUAAGGAAAAUUAUAACUCAAAUACGACCUGAUCGACAGACGCUAUUGUGGAGUGCAACGUGGCCAAGAGAGGUUGAAGCUCUGGCGAGACAGUUCUUGAGUAAUCCAUAUAAGGUUAUCAUCGGAUCCCCUGAUCUGAAAGCAAACCAAUCUAUAAGUCAAGUUGUUGAAGUAAUAAAAGAGAGUGAAAAGUACAGCAGGCUGAUCAAACUACUGAAAGCAUUGAUGGAUGGGAGUCGAAUUCUGAUAUUUGUAGAAACAAAAAAGGGAUGUGAUCAUGUCACAAAACAGCUGAGGAUGGAUGGAUGGCCAGCUCUUUCUAUACAUGGGGACAAAAACCAGUCUGAGAGGGAAUGGGUCUUGGCCGAAUUUAAGAGUGGCAGAAGUCUCAUAAUGACUGCCACUGAUGUUGCUGCAAGGGGUCUUGAUGUCAAGGAUAUAAAAUGUGUGAUAAACUAUGAUUUCCCAAUGACACUUGAGGAUUAUGUGCAUAGAAUUGGCCGAACUGGUCGAGCUGGAGCGAAGGGCACUGCCUUUACCUUCUUCACUGAUUCUAAUUCGAGGUUUGCAGGGGAACUUAUUAAAAUCUUGCAAGAUGCGGGGCAAGUUGUCCCUCCAGCUUUAUCUGACUUGGCUCGUUCAGUCUCCUUUUAUGGUUCAGGCAACAGCGUACGCUCAAGAGGACAUCGAGGGUUUGGAAACAGGGGCCGUAUCUCUGGAUCUAAUACAAUUCCUCUUGGUGGUGGAAGGAGGCCUUGGUAAUUUAGGUGAUGUCCUGGUUGGUGUUUGUUGGCCACACACCUCAUCUCUCUGAUAGCCAAUACGUGUGAUUUCUUGUCUCUCUAGCCACCUGAUGACCAUGUUUGUUUUCAUGAAGGCGUUAGAAUUAGUGGUGCUUGAACCGUCUGGAUCCUACUCUAUUAUUUUAGGAGAUUAUAGUUACUGAAUUUCUUUCAUGUUUCUGUGUAUCAUACUUUCUAAAUCGUGACAAUGUAGUAGCAGCAGUUCUUUCA